AUGGAUCCGAGCUACAAAGCUCGAAAAGAGGCCUUUGUGUCUAAUCUUGCGGGAAGCACCAUCCUCGAGAUCAAUACAGUCACACUUGUUGCUUCAACAUCUGUCCUCCUUUGGUCCGCGCUCCAGUCCCGUUUAUCCUUCUUCACACCCUACGGUCCUGCAGCACUCGCGACCGACUUCAUCCUUAAUGUACUAGCCAUCUUAUUUGCAACGACUGCAUACUCCUCCGCACCGCUUCUCCUCAACAUCUUCCUCCUUUCCCCCGCGGUCCUCCUAUUCCUCACCCAAAACAAUCUACGCACACCCCGAAAAGCCAAACCGCCUCGCAAACCCAAGGCCAAAAAUGAGAGCUCCCAGGAGGAACAGCAGGCCCUACCCAUUCACCCCUUCUUGACCACAUAUCGCGCAGCUAUGAUGAUUGUUACCUGCAUAGCUAUUCUCGCAGUCGACUUCCGCGCGUUCCCGCGUCGUUUUGCCAAGGUCGAGAACUGGGGAACAUCUCUAAUGGACCUGGGUGUAGGCUCUUUUGUUUUCUCCGCUGGAGUAGUGUCUGCGCGCGCAGUUCUGAAGGGCCGCAACUCGAAAUCCCCGAGAUUAGCUUUGCAUAAGAGAUUGAUUGGGUCGGCUCGACACUCUAUUCCUCUGCUUGUGCUGGGCCUCAUCCGACUGUGGAGUGUGAAGGGAUUGGACUAUGCGGAACAUGUGACAGAAUAUGGUGUGCACUGGAACUUCUUCUUCACGCUUGGAUUUUUGCCUCCUUUCGUGGAGCUAUUUGACUCCUUGACUACACUGAUCCCCUCCUAUGAGGCGCUUGCACUUGGGAUUGCAGUGCUUUACCAAGUCGCUCUAGAAUCGACUGAUCUCAAGGGAUACAUCCUCGUGUCUCCUCGGGGACCCGAUCUGCUGUCCAAGAACCGCGAGGGAGUCUUUUCUUUCAUUGGAUAUUUUGCGAUCUUCCUCGCUGGACGGGGUGUUGGAGUCCGUAUCAUUCCUCGUGGUACAUCUGCCACAGAAUCGCCCCAGAAGGCGCGGAGAUCUGUUCUGAUGCGCUUGGUUCUCCAGACAAUGUUUUGGUCUACCAUGUUCUUCUUCAAUUCUACCUACGCAUUCGGCUAUGGUGCCAACAUCCCAGUGUCCCGCCGGCUGGCCAACAUGCCAUAUGUGCUUUGGGUGGCAGCAUUCAAUAGUGCCCAGCUUUUCCUGUUCUGCUUGACCGAGACUGUAUUCUUCCCCGCGGUCCACCGAGCGACCAGCAAGGAAGGUGAGGCAGAACAGACAUCUUUUGCGACCAGUCGGAUUCUACAUGCCUUCAACCGCGGCGGUCUUGCACUGUUCCUGAUUGCAAACCUACUUACUGGAGCAGUGAACCUGAGCAUCCCAACAUUGGAUCUCAACACACCACAGGCUAUGGGUAUCCUGAUUGUCUAUGCGGCGGUGCUAACUGGUGCUGCUCUGGGGAUGGACAAGUACAAUAUUAAGUUGACACGUGAGGGUCCCAAAGUGCCAUAUAAGUAUGAAGACCAGGUCCUACCGAUCUUCCGUGGCACGCCCCUAGCCAUCGGCGCUACAUUAAUCCAUAAUAUCGGAUUUAUCCAAAGCCAUUUCUGGCGCAAUGCCGGCUUCGGUGUCAUUCGUGAAAUCCCCCACCUGGGCCAGUACGCGGGCCGCUACGAUCCAACCGUCAUCCCGGUCGAUAAUACCAGCCAGGCAGAGCCAGCAGCGAAAGACGCGUCUGGCAUUGUGAAGCGCAGGAAAGGGGAUUAUGGAUACUAUACUUCCGCCGACUACCACGAGCUCUACUUGUCAGGGGAGCUGACCCCGACCGCUGUCAUCGAAACGCUAUUGCCUCUGGUCCGACGUGAUAGCCAGCCACCCGGGAAACACUCAACUGCAUUCCUUGAGUCUCAGGCCGAGUUGAUUCGCGCAGCAGCAGAAGAAUCUACGGAGCGUUACAAGAAGGGCCAGUCUUUGGGGCCGCUUGACGGCGUGCCAGUCGCAGUGAAGGAUGAGGUGCACCUCACGGGGUAUAAGCGCACGCUAGGUUCGAAGCUGGAUUUCAAGCACGGCACUGAUGCGACUUCGUGGUGUGUGAAGCAAUGGCUGGAUGCCGGAGCUAUAAUCAUUGGGAAGACAUCCAUGCAUGAGCUUGGACUGGACACAAACAACAACAAUCCCAACUAUGGAACACCCAGAAACCCUCACAAUAAAGAGUACUAUUGUGGCGGCUCCUCUGGUGGCUCUGGAUAUGCUGUCGGAGCGGGCCUUGUACCCAUUGCGCUCGGCGCAGAUGGCGGAGGCUCAAUUCGGAUCCCGUCGUCAUUUUGUGGUAUCUGGGGCCUGAAGCCUUCGCAUGGCCGUAUAUCCGCCGCGCCAUCCCAAAGUCUCGCUCCCACCGUUGGCGUUAUCGGGCCUAUGGCUGCCAACAUCGAUGACCUCGCUCUCGCCUAUCGCAUCAUGGCGACUCCGGCACCAGCUUCAGAAGACCCGAUUUCAUCGCAGUUCCCUUCUCCUGUUACCCCUCACCCUGAUGCCAAGAGGACAAAGACAAUUGGUAUUGUGCGCGACUGGAAUGACCGCGCCGAGGGCCCUGUGCGCGCUGCGCUCAAUCGGGCGCUCGACUAUUACCGAGAGCAAGGCUACAACAUUAUCGAUGUUACAAUUCCUUACCUGCCCGAGGGUCAGCGCGCACACGCUCUUACUAUCAUGGCGGAGAUCGCGUCUGGCGUUGAUGCAAGCAAGAUCCGGCAUCUCACGGCCUCGAAUAAGGUUCUUGUCUCUAUGGGAAUGUACCAGAUUACCGCACAGGAUUUGCUCGCCUCCCAGAGGCUGCGAAAUCUCCUCAUGACGCAUCUGGCGCAUCUCUUUAAGACCCACCCUGGGCUACUCAUCGUCUCGCCCACAACGCCUAUGGCUGGCUGGCAUAUUGAUGGCGGUGAGGCGGAUUUGUCUCGCGGUUUGUCAGAUAGCAAAUCCUCUGUGCGAAACAUGGAAUAUGUUUGGCUGGCCAACUUUAUUGGCUGUCCUGCCAUCAGUUGCCCUAUUGGUUAUACCGGUAAAGCUGAUGGCAGUGUUCCUAUUGGGUUGAUGGCUAUGAGCGAAUGGGGUACCGAAGAAGAGCUGAUCACCUUUGCUCGAGAUGGAGAACCUAUCUUGGACCUGGCUAGCGACAGCCCUUCGCUCGAGGGAAGUGGACCUGUCUCACCAAGUAAGGGUCUACGGACUCCCUCCGUUGACCUCUCUGUCUGGGAAGAUAUUAUCGUCCAGGCCAAACAAAAUAUGUCUAACUAA